CCCAACCCAAAAUGGCAAAAUAAACAAACAAAACAAAAGUAUCUCCGCAACGCUCUAUUCUUUCACAUUUUUCCGAUCUUCGAAAUCUUCGCCAACAUCGUGCCGAUGGCGGAUGGUAGUGCCAAGCAAGGACGAAACCCUAGAACUGUUCUCCUCCUGCGCCCCACCUUCGAAGCCCUUGAAGAUGUCCUAGCCAAACGCUUCCACCUUCUCCGAGCCUGGGAGUCGCCGCUGCCCCUCGCCGAGUUCUUGGCCGCACAUGCCACUGCUAUCCGAGCGCUGUUUAUCCGAGGCAAUGGCAGCGUUUUCGUUGACGCUGAAAUCCUCUCGAGUCUUCCGAAUCUCGAAAUUAUUGUGACCAAUUGCGUUGGUCUGGACCUUAUCGACAUGGCGGAGUGCGCAAAGAGAGGCGUCGCCGUCGCCAAUGCUGGGAAUGUGUUAACGGAGGACGUGGCUGAGUAUGCUGUUGGUCUCCUAAUGGACGUACUCCGCCGUAUAUCUUCCGCCGAUCGAUGCAUUCGCGCUGGUCUCUGGCCUAUUACGGGCUUGUUCCGUCUUGGCUCCAAGAUAGGAGGCAAGCGAGUUGGGAUUGUUGGUCUCGGGCACAUUGGAUCAGAGGUUGCUAAAAGACUCGAUGCAUUUGGCUGCAUAAUCUCCUAUUACUCCAGAAAACAGAAGCCAUCCUUCUCCUACACAUUCUACCCAAAUGCAAGGACUCUUGCAGCUCAGAAUGAUGUUCUCAUUGUCUGCUGUGCUCUCAACAGCGAUACAUAUCACAUAAUUGACAAGGAUGUCAUGGAUGGACUUGGGAAGCAGGGGAUCAUAAUAAACGUUGGCAGAGGGGCCCUUGUUGAUGAAAAAGAACUGGUCAGGAGGUUGAUGCAGGGAGAGAUCGGCGGUGCUGGCCUAGAUGUCUUUGACAAUGAACCAGCUGUGCCAAGGGAGCUUUUCACCAUGGAUAAAGUUGUGCUAUCCCCUCAUUGUGCUGUUUACACGCAGGAGUCAUUUGCUGACCUCUUUCAACUUAUCGUUGACAACCUGGAGGCUUUUUUCUCAAAUAGGCCGUUGGUCAGCAAAGUGACUGAAGUUUAAGUGAACCUGAAAUUAGUAAGUUAUCGAUUAAGUUUGCAUCAUCAAUGAAUAAUUCAUGAUACCAUUCUCUCCUCAUAGAAGUGACAUUGCUGUAAGACUUGGAAUGUUUUUGUUCGGUACUGCAGCCAAAAAUUGUACUUCUGAGAAUGUACCUAAAUCGAGUGUGCUCUGUUUGAAAGGCAAUAAUAUUUCGGUCAAGUGUAUUUGGCCAUAUAUCAAUCGUGGGCAAAGUUUUUCUUAAGGUUUCAAUGUGAGACAUUCGGACCUACUACAAUCAUGUACUAUGUCAGAGCUGCUCUCAAACCAUCUCCCACCUGUUGUUUGAAUGCGAUUACUCCUUUCAGUGUUAA